UUAGAUCUCUUGAGUCAUUUGUCUUCGUCUCGUCAGCUUUCCAACAGUAUAACCCUUAUUGCAUUGGGAUUGGUUGAGAUUUAGGCUCGAGUGUGUUCAUUUACAUAAUGGCUCUUGGCUCAGCGCCUAGGGUCUGUAUAUUGUACAUGUGCUAGGCAGCGCUAGUGUACAUGUACAAUGUAUACGCCACACACACACACACACCCCCCGGGGAGCGCUAUCUGGCUGUGCGCUUUGAUCGGUUUACAUGGGGUCCUUUUGUCUGCAAAGGAUUUGAAUAUGAUAAACGAUUCCAUUCCAUAGUCCAUUUCACACUACUGACUGUACUACCACACAAUAACUCCAAAUACUUAUCAGGGCUUCGUAAGCCUCAAAGGUUUGCCCUAUCUACAACGUUGAUUGUGUACUUUCGAUUUUAGAUCACAAUAAUUACUUUGAUUUCAAGUGCGUCCUGACCGUGAACUUCUAAAGUUUUCAGCAAACCUUCUAGACUACGCUUACAGUAUCGCAUCACAGGAAUCCAGUGAGGUAUUAGAUCGGAUCGGAGCAAUAUGGCGGAGAAACGAAAGGUCAAAGGUUUAAUGGAACGCCUGCGCGAUGGUGAGACGGUCAUCUGCGCGGAGGGAUAUCUCUUCGUGUUCGAGCGACGCGGCUAUUUGACAGCCGGCUCAUUUGUGCCGGAAGUAGUUCUGGAGCAUCCGGAAUUAGUCCGGCAGCAGUAUGAAGAAUUCGUCCACGCCGGAAGUGACGUCGUGCUGGCGUUUACGUAUUACGCACAUCGUGAAAAGAUGGCGCUGAUUGGUCGAGAGGACGAUCUGGAGCGAAUCAACAAGCACGCUCUGCGCAUGGCACGUGAGGUGGCUGACCAAACUGGUACUCUGAUGGCUGGUAACAUCAGCAACACCAACAUCUUUGUGGACACUGUGCCCGAUUAUCGAGAGAAAAUCAGGCAGAUUUUCAAAGAGCAGUUAGAAUGGAUAGUGGAAGCGGGUGCUGACUACAUUGUGGCAGAAACCUUUGAUACAUUUGGUGAAGCGUUGAUCGCUACUCGGGCAUGCAAGGAGUUCGCAAAGGAUCUUCCCUGCGUUGUGACUUUGACCUGCCAUCAGGGCCCGCUGACUUUGGACGGCGUGGAGUACGCCGAAGCGUUCAAGCAACUAGCGGAGGCGGGGGCUGACGUGGUGGGGCUGAACUGCGCGCGGGGACCGGCCACGAUGCUACCCGUUCUGGAGGAAGCUGGGAAACUUUUCAAUAAGGUUCCCCUCGCGGCCUUGCCCGUGAUGUACCGUACAACCAAGGAACAACCCAACUUCAUUUCUUCCAUUGAUCCAAUUUCAGGUGAGCCAUUGUUUCCUGUGAAUCUGGACUGCAUCCAGUGUAACCGUAAGGACAUCCACGACUUUGGCAAGCGAGUGCAGGAGCUGGGCAUCAAGUACGUGGGUCUGUGUUGCGGCAACUCGGCUCACCUGACUCGGAGCCUGGCCGAGAGUCUGGGCCGAAAGCCCCCGGCCUCCCGCUACUCAGCAGACCUGAACAAACACUGGCUGCUGGGACAUGACGACAAGCUGCCUUUGCUGGGGCAAGAAUCCAAGACAAAAUACGCAACCAAGUUGGCUAAAGUUGAGAAAUAGUUACGAAAAUUACUGCCACAGACAUUAUCAGUCCUGUGUAACGGCUAAAUUUUGUUGACUCUUGGUGUCUUAAUUGAUGUGAUAUUUUGGUCGUUGAGAAGAAUGAAAAGGCCAUUAUAAUUUAGAUACGUGUAAGGACGCCUUAUAUAAGGUAAUUGGUUUACUUUACAAUGAUUCUUCACUCCGUUCGAAAUAAUGGCAAAUCACCUUAAACAGCGUAAACUACAAUUCUCAGUUUUAAAAUGAUCGAGGCGACAUUGAAAGGAGAUAUCUGUGAAAACGAUGAUGCUGGCCGGUAGUGUGAUUAUGAUUUGAUGUGAAGAUAGAAAAUAUGAUUGUGGUGGUGGUGGUGGAGACGAUAGUCAGUAUUAUAUGACGAUGGUGAUUUGGUGAUUUGGUGAUAAUGAUAUUGAUAGGGAUGGUGGUGAUAUCAAGUUUAAAGGGACAUUACGGCCCGAAAUCUCCGGAAAAAAACUAUGUUUUGGAUUGGUUAUCCUAUUUUAAAGGUCUGAUUGAAACGAAACUAUCCUAAUGUCUUACCAUUCCAGUGAAAAGACCAACAAAUCAAUGUGUUUACAUCACACGCGGCGGACCUUUUGUGGCAUACGCAUAUACGUAUUUUCAGCCGUGUCCCACGGUACUUGUUGUGUAUGUGGUCACAUAAUACACACAGCACCAAUACACAAAUGAUGUUUCUUGCACGUCCGCAGAAUGCAAUGCACUUUGCAUGCAGCAUGAUUCACAACUUUUAGACUUUUGGUAUAUAAAGUUAUAUAUAAGCACCACAUUAGUAUUAGGCAUAUGAUGAUUUCCAUAUAGUAUUCAAUAAUGUACUUAUUUCACUGUAUUCAUUGCAGCUUAUUGUUUUGUAUAACAGCAAUUAAAUUUGACAAAAAGAAAAAGCUGUCUAUUUUUCAUGAUAAUUUCAGAGAGGCAAUUAAAUUGGUAAUUUCUUCAA